GGCUGUGAGUUUACGUUGCUCUGACAGAAGCUGACCGAUGGGACACACAGCUCAAAUCUACAAAACAUAUAUUUUUUACUCUUAAUUAAUCUGCUAUUCAACCAACUGCUAUCGAUUUAGUGUCAAAUUUACACCACACAGAAAAAUCGACAUUUAAGCUGAAACAGCGUGCGGAAUAAAAAUUAAAAGCACAUGAUGGAAGAAUGUGUGCUGGUGUAGUUUAUGUAAUAUGUGUAGAUAGUAAAGACGAUUUAGCGAGUCAACGUCUAAAGAGAAAGAAUUGGUUAUUUCAUAUUCUUAAAGUUUAAUUCGUUUUGUGGAGUUUCUGCAUGGAUGGAUAACGGGUAAAAAUGAGCUCUCAGGAUAACAAGACCGAGUCAGAGCAGAGAGAAGAGCAGCAGACCGGUGCUGCCAGUGAAGACAACAAACAGGAGGCUGUUAUUUGUCUGGGCAACAAUGAAGUGAAGAGUCGUGCAGUUGUGAAGUACUCAGCCGCUCCGCCUCCCAGCACCUAUGCAUUACUGCAGGAGAAGACCGACCUCAAACUGCCUCCUGCUAACUGGCUCCGAGAGAAUGCCCAGCUGGGACCUGCAGGGACCACGGUGCUCGGGUCCAGCAGGAAAAGCAAACCUUUCUCCAGUUUUGGGAUGGCCUAUGACUUUAUCGACUGCAUUGGCGAUGAUGUUGACGUUGUGUCUGAUUCAGAGAACAUUAAGAAGUUGCUAAAGAUCCCGUACAGUAAAUCUCAUGUCAGCAUGGCCGUUCAUCGAGUGGGCGGCACUCUGCUGCUGGAUGAUCUCGACAUUCAGGAACUCUUCAUGAGAUCAUCACAGACCGGAGACUGGGCAUGGCUGAAGGAGUUUUAUCAGCGUCUCAUUGACCAGAAGUGGCAGAGAAAGAAGAAAAGUAAAGAACAUUGGAACGAGAAGGCCAUUCUCUCCAAAUUUCUCUAUUACAGUAUUAACAGUAAUGGGGCCGCUGUGCCCGUGCCGUCAGAUACAGGCCAGACAGCAGACGAUGGUUGUGGGUCGGGGGGCGGUGGGCCGUCUUGGCCUGCCACCUACAACAGCUCCUCCCCUGAUUCAGAAGAGCCUGCUAUACCAAAGGAGGAGCAGGUGGACAAAUAUGCUUUGGGUCAUGUGUCUUCACUUCCUAAAGAGCAGAACCUGCCAACGCUGUUCGAUGAAGGAGAAAAUAGUCAGGGUUUGAAGAACGACUUCGCCCGGAAUAUUUUAUGGACUUUUGAGGACAUCCACAUGCUUGUGGGAUCAAAUAUGCCGAUAUUUGGAGGUGGUCGAUACCCAGCAGUCAGUCUGCAACUCAGGGACAACAAUAAACCAAUCAACGUCCUUACAGGAAUUGACUACUGGCUGGAUAAUUUGAUGUGUAAUGUACCAGAGUUGGUCAUGUGUUUUCACGUCAAUGGCAUUGUACAGAAAUAUGAGAUGAUAAAAACAGAAGACAUCCCAGAUUUGGAAAAUUCCAGAUUCUCGACAAGAGUUGUGAAGGACAUUGCGCAGAACAUCCUGUCGUUCCUAAAAUCCAACUGUACCAAAGAAGGCCACACCUACUGGCUCUUUAAAGCCAGUGGAAGUGACAUCGUGAAGCUGUAUGACCUCACGACUCUGUGCGAAGAAGCGGCUGAGGAGAAAUGCCAAAAUCCGUUCACGCUUCCUGUAGCUGUGCUGCUCUACAAAGUGGCCAGUAACAUGAUGCUAAAGAAAAGCCAAAACAGGAAGAACUACGACACAAUCCGAACUCUACUGCUCAACUGUAUCAAACUGCUGAAUGAGGAGAGACAUCCACAGAUCAUCGCCUCUGCCCACUACAUGCUAGCAGAACUGUUCCAGUUAGAUGAUGUGAACGAAGAAGUGGGCAACGGGGAAUCUCUGAGGGGGGGAGGCUCUGAAGACAGCUACAGUGAUGAAGAUGAGGAGGAGGAGGAAGAUGAAGACGACAGCUGCUCCUACGACAGCUCCUCUAAGCCGCAGGACGACUCCAAAGCCGUGGCGGUUAUAAAGUCUGUCGGCGAGCUGUCUGUUCCUGAGAAAUACAAGAGCACUCACCAGAUCAGACCUAACUGUGCCUUCCCUGUGUCGCAAGACAAAGAGGAGAAGUGUCGACUGGUCCUCAGCUAUGUUCUUAAGGGUCUGAAGGCAGUAGACAGCAGUAUAAAGAAAGAAACCGACCUGCCUUCCGCUGACCCCAGCACCCCCAUUCCUCUUAAGUAUGAGGAGAGAUCUCAGAGCGGAGCGAGAGAAGUGGAGAAGGAGAUCGCACUCCUGCUGGACAGAGUCGUUUCGUGUAAUGAGGAACUGAAGAUGCCGACGCGCUCCGGCAUGCUCCCGGGCAGCUGGCAUCACCGUGUGAAACAGCAGCUCUUCCUGAAAGCGUCGAAGGCAUACUACAUCCUGUCAGAUUCUGCCACCAACCUGCUGAAGUACGGCCGUGCACUGCGUUACAUCAAACUGGCUCUGCAGUGCCAUGAUGCGUAUUGCUCCAUCAGCGGAGGUCUCCACCCACAGGUGCUUCUGUUCCACUGUCAGUGUCUGUCUCUAUGCGGUGAUGUUCAGCUGAUGUUGGCUCAAAACACCUCCAACAGAGCCGCAUAUCUAGAGGAAUACAGCUAUCAGACCAAAGACGACCAGGAGAUCUUACACUGCCUGCAUCGCGAGAGCUCCUGCCAAGCCUUUAGCAUGGCCACCGAUCUGGCCACAGACCCCGAAUACCAGCUGAUCAUCAGCUGUAAGUGUUAUGAGGCGGCCCAUGACCUGUUGACCUCUGGAGUUCUGAAAGAUUUGGGACAGGAGCAGCUAGGUCAGGUUCUGAAGCGCCUCGGCAACAUCCGCAACGAGAUGGGUGUCUUCUACAUGAACCAAGCGGCGGCCAUGCAGACAGAGAAAGAAGGAGUGCGGAGGACCGUCUGCGUGGCCGAGCAGGAGUUGUGGAAGAAGUGUUUCUCGUGUUUCGAGAAGGGCAUGCAGAAUUUCCAAGCGAUUUCAGACUCGGUGAACACAGCCCUGCUGCUGUGUAACAUCGGGCGGCUCAUGCGGAUCUGCGCACAGGCUCACUGCAUCAUGACAUCAGACCACAGCCGCGGGGAGUUCUCGCCCGAAGAAGCUCUCUACUACAAUAAGGCUAAAGAUUACUAUCAGAAGGCCCUGAAGUCUCUGGGCUGCCGGGACAGUCAUUCAGCAGUCUGGGAUUCUGUGAACUGGGAACUUUCAACGACAUAUUUUACUUUGGCCACACUUCUGCAAGAUUACGCUCCGCUGUCCCGCAAAGCACAAGAGCAGAUCGAGAGGGAAGUCACCGAGACCAUGAUGAAGUCACUGCGCUACUGCGACCUGCAGACAGAAUCCGCUCGCCAGCCGCUCUACCAGUACAGAGCUGCAACCAUCCACCACAGACUGGCUUCCAUGUACCACAGCUGUUACCGUAACCAGGUCGGAGACGAGAGCAUCCGGAAGCAACACAAGACUCAAGCCGAGCAGCAUUACAGUAAAGCCGUGCGGCUCUUCGUAAACCUGAGCGACGCUCCGUGCGAGCUGCUGCGAACGCUGCUGGAGAGAGUGGCCUUCGCCGAGUUCACCAUGGCGGGUCAGAACAGCAACGCGGUCAAAUUGAAAACUCUGACGGGAGCUCUGGAGAUGAUGUGCGAAACUCGGCACGCUUUCAAACUCAUCCAUAAAGAACUGCUGGAGCAACAGGACAAAGUGAUACUGACCCCAGAAGCCUCUGAUAAACCUGAAGAUGUCCAGGGUUCAGAUGGCACCUCCUCUGAGUUGAACACCGAAGAAGGUUCAGAUAGCACCUCCUCUGAGUUGGACACCGAAGAAGUUGUGAAGUUAAUCGGCGUGUUUGUGCCCAGUUUCUCUUUUCUGCUGUUACAGAUGAUUAAACUCAGCACUGCAAGCAAACGUAAACUUAGUGUUAAAGAAGAAGAGCAGGUGAAAGUCUAUAAGAAGGUAUAUUCUCAGCUGUUGCGGGCUGAAAAGUCCGUCCCGCUGGAUAAGCGGGUUUCCCUCUUUCUGGAUCUGCUGGAUCAGCUAAACCCGCACACAGGAAGUGAUGAAACAAGAUCAGGAUCUUGAGAAUAACAAUCCAGCUUGGUUCGAACAGUUUAAAGGGUGCUUGUGUCUUGGGGAAUGUUUGGAGUUGAACCCAUCUUGCUUUUACAGCAGCUGAUGAUCAAGGCAAUAAAAAGAGAUGACAUCAUCUAGCUUCGAGAAGUACCAUAGAAAUGUGUGAACACAACCUUCACCAGCAGUGCCUUUUCUUAUGUUCACAUUUAACAGGAUGAGCCAACAACAUACUGUCAGUCAUUUCCAAUGAUUUUGUGACAUUUGUUUGAAAUGAAAAGAAUAUGAAACUGUACAGUUGUUUGCGGAGCAGAUAUUUAUUUCUUAUUAGACACUAUGUACAAAAUGUGAACCUGUGAUGUUGUUUUACACACGCUCGGCUGGAACGUAUUCACAGACUUUGUUUUCCGGUGGAUGAGCUUAAGAAUUGAACUCUAAAAAGUGCAAUAAAUUGGCAAGCCUCAAUGCAACAGGUGCAGUCCUGUUUGAGAAUGCUUGUUUUGGCUUGGCUUUCAAUAAACGUUUUUAAAAGUUA